AUGAAAGCCUUCCAUUCACCUCUCUUAGUACUUUUUGCACUUCUAUGGACCCAUCUUGUGGUUUAUUUGUGUCUGUCUCAAAUCGCCUCAUGCUCAUUCAACCAUUCAUUGAACAUUUUGGAUUUUGGAGCUCUUCCAGAUGGUAAGACUGACAAUACCGCUGCCAUUCACAAGGCUCUUUCCGAAGCGAAACGUUCAUCCAAAUCGGUCUACAUUCCAUCCAGUACAUGGCCAUUUGUUCAUCAUGGCAUGAUUCUUGUAGAUUCUGUUCUCAUGUAUGGAGAUGGAUACUCGUCAUGGUUACAUGGUUCGAAUGAGAAUGCAACUGCCAUUCAAAUGAUUGGUGCCAAUGUCCAAAUUGCAAAUUUAAGAUUGACCUCAGUGGCACAAGAACGAAGAACGACACCACAACCUUCGACUGUGUAUUGCAAUAGAGCAAGUAAUUUCAGUGUGGAUCGAAUUUGGACACAACCAUUACCAGGAGAGGGAUAUGUCUAUGAUGAUACACAUAUUCAUGGAGUGGGUGGAAUUUUCAUAUAUGGAUGUUUUAAUGGAACGAUAACCAACAAUAGCCUGAAUUAUACCUUUGCUGAUGGUAUUCACAUGACUGCAGGUUCUCGUGAUAUUCUCAUUGAAAACAACAUGAUUGAAAAUUCAGGAGAUGAUGGCAUUGCAUGUGUCACGUAUUUACCAAAAACAGCACCAGACAUGGACACCCUUCGUCGUUUGACACGAAAUUGUGGUAAUUUAAUUUAUCGUUCGAAUCGAGUCAAAUCCAAUCGUUGGGGACGUGGCAUGACUGUUAUUGGCGGAGAUUCGAUCAUUAUUGAAGAUAACACGAUUGAGAAGGCUGCUGGCUCUGGUGUGUGGAUUGCUUCUGAAUCGUCGUAUAAUACUUCAACUGCUCAACAUGUCAUGGUUCGAAGAAAUACCAUAGUGAGACCAGGUGUUUAUGGAUUACAUGGAAAAUGUCAUCCCAAUAACACAUUACCAGCCAUGGGAGUGGACAAUCAAAACUCUCGUUAUGCAGGAAGUGUACAAAAUAUCAUGUUUUUGGAUAAUUUAAUCAUGGAUGCAUGUUUGGACUCGUUUCGAAUUACUGGGCGUGAAAUUUCAAAUAUUGUCUUUGCUGGAAAUACAUUGUUAUCGAGUGCACGAUGGGGCAUGUACAUUGCACCAGUGAAUGGAAGUUUUUUCUUGAUUGGAAAUACCAUUACGAAUUCGACGUUGAAUUCCUAUGUUGGUGUCAAUGAACAAGAGAUGAUGGUUAUUGCAUACAACAAGUUUUCCAAUGCCUUAUUGAAUGGAAAUGGUCGAAUUCAAAUUGCACAUCUCUAUGCAGCACAAAGAUUUCAAUUCACUAACAAUUCGUAUUCUCAGAAUGUGAGUACGAACGCGAAGAGAAUGAUUGAAGCAGUGGUCAUUCCCAAACAAAUGGUCUAUGAUCAUAGCAAUACGAGUGUAUAUUCGACGUAUUUUCCAAAUAUUGGCAAGUUAAAUGUGACAUCGUUUGAAUUACCUUUGGUCAACGAUUUGACAUUUACCAUUCCAUUUCAUGUCAAUAAUUUAACAUUAACAGAACAAGAUCUUUUCAAUUCCCCUUCAUUUCCAAGCUCUAUGAGAGGUCGAGUCCAACUACUAGCAGUUUUUUCUGGCACUGGAGGCCAAGCCGAUAUGAAUUUACAGAGAAAUCAAGUCACUUUUCGAAUGACACUUUCCAAUAAGGCAACUUUUCGAUACAGUGUGAUUUUGAAGGAAAUUGAAUCCGUUGCAACAGCAACCAUCACCAUUGAACGACAAGUUGCACCUCCUUCUCCUCCAGUACCAUUACUGCCAUCCGCUAGUGUGAAACACGAGUUUAGUAGUGGAGUGCACUCUUCUCAACCAAAAACAAGUCGUGUGAAUCAAGCAAGUGAACGAAGACUCUCCCAAUGGACCUUGAUAUCAAAACAAUUAUUCAUUCUUGUAGUUAUUCUAAUUUCGAUUGGAAUGGUUUUCUAA